AUGCGCAACGCCCAAACGCCAAUUCGAGAGAUGCAUGUGGCGUUGGUGGGGAUGAAUGGCAGCGGAAAAUCGGCCCUCACCGUCAAGUACAUCACAAAGCGCUUCAUCGGCGAGUACGACCAGUCACUAGAAGAUACUUACUGCAAACAAGACAUGGUGGCCCAACAACCACUAAUGGUAUGGCUGAUGGAUACGGUGGACGAUGCGAAUCGUGACGAUAUGCGCUGGAUUGCCUGGGCUGACGUGUAUGUCGUGGUAUACGAUGUGACGAGUCAAUUAUCAUUACAGUACGCCGAGGGCCUGUUAGAAAAAAUCGCCCGUCAUGAGCAUCUUUUAUGUGCGCGCGAGCACAAAACCAUUCUUCUUGGGAAUAAAAGUGAUUUGGAGCGGUAUAGACAAGUUAGUGAAGCCGAUGCUUCGCGAACGGCAACCAAGUUUGGAGCAUCUUUUGCGGAGACAAAUGCCACUGGAGAUCCGCGGCCGUUAGCCCAGCUAUUCCACGAAACGUUCACCCACAUCCUCACCGGCGCCCGCUCGCCAUCCCCCCGGAUGUGCUCGUCAGAUUCGGAGAUUACGAAUAGUACACGAAAAUCGGGGUUCUCCUUCCGCUCCUCCUCCCGAUCGUCACAUCUGAAUAGGAAGACACCUCCGUCAAAGCAGAAAACUCCACCGGCCCCAUCCGCCACCCUACUUCACAAAAGUCCCUCAAUUUCGAAGCUGAAGACUGGCAGCAAGUUGUUGAAGCUUUUCCAUAACAAUUCU